AUGCUGAAGAAGGUCCGUACCGAUCCCCUCCACUCUCUGCCGUCCGAGUUCAUCCGGCCGCUCUGUUUUUCCUCAAUUUCCCCAAUCACAGCCGACCCUUGUGCUCCCCAACGCUUUGCCGGACGCAUCGUUGCCGCGGCCGAAAUACAUGCUACCGGUCCGACAGUCCGUUUGUCCGGACCGCGAUGUUGGACGUCCAUUCGCUUAAGGACAAGCAAACACGACUUCGGCAAAAAGUCCGCUGCCUCCGAGUCCCUCUGCCUUGCCGACUAUGACGGUCUUGCAGUUAUGCGUGAUGCAAUGUGUGCAUUUGGGCUGGUGGACAGGAGCGCGACCGACAGAGUGAAAGCCCACUUUCUAGCUGUACCUCCACCAACCGAUCAGCUCAAGAGCUGUACCAGAGUGGGCGAAUCAGGCCUGCCUCGAGGAGCCAUGGCGACGCGUUAUGAUGGCCUAUUGCGCCUGGACUGUAGGACAUUGAUAGAACUGUUGGUAUUCGAGCAAGUCGCAAAGGUGCCAUCUGGUCGUGCGCGAUUGGUUCCACGAGUCGGUGAGUCGAGGGGUCCUUCAGAAGGACCAAGACGGGACUCGAGUGUACACCCAUUCAUCUGCCUGCAAUUUCGCCUCUCUCUCUCUGUCUCUCUGUCUCUCUCUCAUCCACCAUCGUCGGCUCAAAUGGUCGCCACAGACUCCCGUUGCUCCGUUUUGUCUCCAGUUCCAAGUCGGGCAAGGAACGGACGUGUUGGAUGGAGGGGAGAUUUGCAGACUCUUGGCUCACCCACCUCUUGGGCGAAUUUAACGCUCUCAGGUGGAGGCGAUCAUGACAAGUACAGCUUUUCUGAGGGUCAUUUAGCUGCCGAAACCACCAAUGGAAUGCGACACUUACGUGAAGCCGGUGAGGAACUGGCUUCACUGGACCCUGACACCCCGUAA